GAGUCACAUUAAUUCAUUCUGGAUAUAAUUGCAUCACUUCUAUUAGAUAGCUCAUAAUUUAGGACCUUAUGCAAAGGAAACUUAUUAUGCAAAAUUUUUUUUUUUGAACUCAAAGUGUGUAAUCAUGUCUCUUCUAACAUCUCCUGAAGUUUCAUUGAAAAGUUUGCAUCAUUUUCCAAAGGUUUCUCAAUGUUUCCCUCAGAUAGUGAUACACUCCCCUAUGCAGCAAAAUAUCUUCCAUGCGAUUCCGAUAUGUUUCCAUAUCCCAAAGGCGUCAUACAUGCAUCGUUGCCGAUAUCUAAAUCAUUGCAUACAUGAAUAUUGACAAUAAUCAUAAUACUCUGAGUACAUUGGGCUGAUCAUGUCAAAGUAGGAUUGGUUGGGACUGCAGCAUAUAGAAUGAGCAUAAAGCUAUUAGACAUUGCUUGAAGUCAUUGAAGGAAUUAUUGGAGAAGAAAAAUGUUUCACAUCCGAGGCUUUUGAAGUUGUGAGGGAUAAUUGAGGUGGUCAAGCCCUAUGAGGGAAACUUGCGAGUCCUAUCUCAUUCCCGUAAUUAUCAAUGCCCUGAAAACAGCAGGCCCUUUGUUUAUCUACUUCUAUAUUUCUUCUGUUUGCUGCUUCGUGGGGGGUUGAAAAUGACAAAGGACGAGUCAUUUGGGGAAGUCCUGAAGGUUGUUUUCCCUCUACUAGAUGGUAAAGACCUAGCUUCUUGUAUGCGGGUAUGCCGACAAUGGCGAGAUAUUGCCCAGGAUGAUUACUUCUGGAAGUGCCUCUGUGCCAAAAGAUGGCCUUCGAUCUGCAAAAGGCCUUCUCCGCCCAUGUUAAGUUACCAAAAGCUCUUCCAAACCUUCUCUAAACGCCACCGCUGCCGAACCCUCCUUCCUCCGAGACUCUCCUUCAAUGACUUAGAAUUCUACAUCGACAUAUGGUCUGGAGAGAGACUACUCUUCUCGGAAGUGGUCCCUGGUUCCGUUCUCCAAACUGGGAUCAAGAGUCCCCCGCCUGGCAUCUGCAACGUGCUGAAGAUCCACUUGGAGGGGCCCGAGUACAAGAUGACCAUGCCAGUGGAGCCGAGGUUUACCAUUCCCCUCAGCCAGACUGUCAAUGUCUCAGUGUUGGUGGGCCGCAAGGACACUGACAAGAUUGCCUGCAUUGUCAACAAAUCUGUGUUUGACUAUGUAGAUGCGACUUCCUUCCGUGCACUUGCCUUUGACUAUCUCGACUUCUCACCUGUCUACCCAUUUGUCUCAGGUAUCCGGGCAUGGGUGUCCUUGCUUUUCAUGGAAGAUGGUAAUGACAGGGUCAUUGAUGUUUUUGGCAUCGAGAUAGAUUUCUGUGAUGCUGCAAGCUCUGAGAAUGAGGUGUUGUGGCUCUUAGACAUGCUAGACUGGAAAUAAGAGCACCUACUGUUGUUUGUGCAGGCCUUCUUAUGGUUCUUAGGCAUUUCUUGGCUGGUAAUCCAAGAAAUGUUAGAUAUUUAUUUAUUUUUUCUGUGUGGAAAUUAUACUGUACCAGGCAUUAUGGUAGUUAGCAUACAGCAGCAAUUGCAGCGAUUGGAUAUGGGUAAUCUCAGCCAAGAAAAAAAUUUAGAUAGUUGUCACCGGCCGGUGGAUCAAUGGUGGUUGUGGAGGCAUUGGAUGGUAACUACCAUGCAUGGUAUUCCGUAGUAUCACACUCCCUUCUCUUUCCUUCUUUAUUCUUUUUUCUUUUUGGAAGUGUUUGUAAGGCUAACAUGUUCACAAAUGUCCCAUCACAUCCCUGUUGUUCAUUUGGCUGGCCCCACAGUUAAUGUGCCCUUAGCCAAGAAGAUCAGGCUGCUAAGUUCAUCAGGUGGGCCAAACAUGCACGUUAAAUGUGGAAUGUUGGUAUACCCUUUACAAAUGUACAUAUUCUUGGUAGAGAUGUGUGGGUCUACCUGGUCAACCAGCCUAUUUACCAAGGGACUGGAUUUGAUGCAGUGAAAUCGUUAGUUCCUGCAUUGUCUUAUUGAAACACUUAUGUUUUUGGUAUUCUUGAUAAGCGGGUAUUAUUAACCCCCAAUGUGUUGUUGUAGCAUGCAUUUCACUUUAAAAACUGGGGAACUUGAAUUAAUGUCCGGUCUUGGUCGGGUGGGUCCGAUCAACUUGAAGACUAUUUAUAGGGAUUUGUAUCUAUUACCUCAUUAUGGUAUUUACAUCACAGUACCUGUUUAAAUUGACUUUUCAUUAUGCUACCUCAUUGAUUAUGGUUUGUUUCAUGAUAGUCUUUUCUGCA